UGUGUGUAAUGUUGCAAGAAUUAGCCAAAUGUGACAGACAUGAAGUGAGAAAAUUCUGCUGGAAAAGUGACGCUAAUAGACUUGCUCUACGCAGGAUUGCCAUAAACCUUCAAUUUGUAAAAAAUGUAGUAUCUGCGAAGCACAGUAAAACAAAGCAGUAUGCCUGUAGUAGUCAUUCAUUGUUCAGUAAACAUUCUGUGUACUCAAGGCUGGAAAUUAGUAAUCACAAUAAACCCUGAUACCUUGUGGAAAAGAGAACCACCAGGGAAAGAGAGAAUGAGGCUCAAAGCAGUGUUUUCCUAGGAGAAUCAGUAUUUAAGGUUUUCACAACCAGUUUAUGCUUCUUGGUUCAUUCCCCCAUUUAAGGGCCAUGGGGAAAAUAUCCAAAAUGCUUAUAAGGAAAAAUGAGUUUGCAGAUUGUGUCUUCUUUCACAUAGGUGAUUUUUUGCCAUCAUCUAGCUGUGUGAGAGCCCGAGAAAGAAGGGAACUAAAUAUUCAUUCUUCAGAGUUGCUGACUGAGGAACUAAUUGCUAGGAAGUGCCACAAAUACGCAAGGCCAAAUUGCUUUUUAAGUGUGAUAGUUGUGGUAACUGAAAAAUCUAGAAGCAAUGCAAAUAUCAAAAUGAUUUACAUUUGGUCCAUCCACUCUGGACUAUUAUGCAGUCGUUAAGAAUACUCAGAAAGACUGUAGCAACAUGAAAAAAGGCCAUGAUACGUUAACAGGGGAAAAAAAGCAGGUUAUACAUUAGAUAGAAGAGAAGUGAAGAGUAAAAGACGUCACGUACAAAAUUUAAAAGCUAUGAAGAAUCCUUUUACUUAUUCAUUGAACAAACAUUUAUUAAUCACCUUACAUCCCAGGCACCAGGUCAAAAAGAAAAGGUUCCUGUAGAAGAAAUUAGUUUGGAACAACAGAUUUAACAGGAUAGAAUAACAUUACCCUUUCUCACAAAGAGCCACGGUGCUCACACCUUUCUUUUUUGGUUUAGGUUGUCUCUUCCUCUGUUUCUACAGUUAUUUUAACGUAGCAGUAAUUUACAAUUGCUGCUGCGAAGUUCACCUCUGAUUCUUCGUCCUCCUGCUGUUGACGUCUCCGUUUACCGCGUUCCUGCCAGUGUGUGCCCGGUGCGGUGGAGGAGGGGUAAGACCUGACGUCCCAGCCCGGCAGGGCCUCUCCAUCUCGCAGCAGGGAAGACAAAUGGCUCUAAUCCAAGCCUGACUUUGGAAUUGUGGGAAACCAAAAUGAGGCAUAAUCAGCUAUGUUGUGAGACACCACCUACUGUCACUGUACAUGUAAAAUCAGAGUCAAAUAGAUCACAUCAGCCUAAAAAACCCAUUAACCUGAAGCGUCCUAUUUUUAAAGAUUGUUGGCCAGCAUCUGAAAAAAAUGCACAUAAUAGCGACAAGUCUAAACGCCCCAAAGGACCCUGUCUAGUUAUACAGCGUCAGGAAAUGACUGCUUUCUUUAAAUUAUUCGAUGACGACUUAAUUCAAGAUUUCUUGUGGAUGGACUGCUGCUGUAAAAUUGCAGACAAGUAUCUUUUGGCUAUGACCUUUGUUUAUUUCAAGAGAGCUAAAUUUACUAUAAAUGAGCAUACCAGGAUAAAUUUCUUUAUUGCUCUGUAUCUGGCCAAUACAGUUGAAGAAGAUGAAGAAGAAUCCAAAUAUGAAAUUUUUCCAUGGGCUUUAGGGAAAAACUGGAGAAAAUUAUUCCCUGAUUUCUUAAAGUUAAGGGACAAACUCUGGGAUAGAAUUGACUAUAGGGCUAUUGUAAGCCGGCGAUGCUGUGAGGAGGUUAUGGCCAUUGCUCCAACCCAUUAUAUAUGGCAACGAGAACGCUCUGUGCAUCACAGUGGAGCUGUUAGAAACUACCACAGAGAUGAAGUUCAACUGCCCCGGGGACCUAGUGCCACACCGGUAGAUUGUUCACUCUGUGGUAGAAAAGGAAGAUACGUUAGACUGGGAUUGUCUUCAUCAUCAUCUUCAUCCAGUGAUACAGUAGAGGUGGUGGAGAAACAUUCUCAGGAAUCACACAACUCAUUCCCAAUGGACAUAAUAGUUGAUCCUUCUCAAGCUUAUAGCUGUUCUCAAGCCAAUGACCAUCAAUCAAACAAAGAAAAGAAAACUAAUUUCAUGAAGGAAGACAAAUCUAUGGAGUGGUUUACAGGAAGUGAAGAAUGAGAUGGCUCAACUAAACAAACUUGGAA